GAUGCCAAAGCCAACGCCAAAAACCCACCAAAACUGCGUAACCUUUACGUCCCUCUCACUUUUCUUUUCUUUUCUCCCAAACACUCCUUUUCCUUCACAAUUCACCACAACGAUUCACAUUCCCAUUACCAUUCUUCCCACCAGAGCAAGUCCUCCUCUGCCCCUUCAAAACCCAGUUCCCAUAUUUCCCCACAAUUAUUUGGAACUCCACUUUCGUCACAAUUAUUUGGUCAUGUGGCUGAGAAGAAUUGUUCUUGAAUUUCGUUUACCAUGAGGAGUUCUUGUUGCUGGUGCUGCAUGCAAUUGCAAACAUGGAUGAACUGCCGGGGUCGUUGGGAACCAGCGCCAGCUUGGCUCUGCGAUUCGGGCAGACCAUCUUCUCCACUGCCUCCCUUCUCUUCAUGUGCUUGGACGUCGAGUUCUACAGCUACACCGCUUUCUGCUAUUUGGUGACGGUAAUGGGUUUGGUAGUUCCGUGGAGCAUGACGUUGGUGAUCGUUGAUGUCUACUCUGUCUUCUUUAGAUGUUUGCCUCGUCGACCAAGAAUAACUACAGUAAUUAUUUUAGGAGACUUGGCAGUUGUCGUAUCUCUCACUCGCUGCAGCUUGCUCGACGGCUAGUACCUCAAAUCUCCUACUUUAUCUUGGUAGAUCCUACUGCCCCGCCAAGUUAUGUACUAGAUAUCAGUUAUCUGCUGCAAUGGCUUUCCUUUCUUGGUU